GGGGCCCGGGCACGCGGCGCGGCUUCCGGUUCCGGCGGGGCUCGGAGCUCGCCGAGGCCGCCGCGAUGCCCCUGCACAAGGUCCCGGUCCGCCUGUGGAAGCAGCUGCGGCUGCGGGAGGGCCUCUGCGCGCGCCUGCCGCAGCACUACCUGCGCUCCCUGGAGGAGGCGCGCACGCCCGCCCCCGUGCACUACAGGCCGCACGGGGCCAAGUUCAAGAUCAGCCCCAAGAACGGGCAGCGGGAGCGCGUGGAGGACGUGCCCGUUCCCAUCCACUACCCCCCGGAGUCCCAGCUGGGGCUCUGGGGCGGCGAGGGCUGGAUCCUGGGCCACAGAUACGUCAACAACGACAAGCUCUCGAAGAGGGUAAAGAACGUGUGGAAGCCACAGCUGUUCCAGCGUGAGCUCUACAGUGAGAUCCUGGACACGAAGUUCACUGUGACCGUGACCAUGCGGACCCUGGACCUCAUUGAUGAGGCCUACGGGUUUGACUUCUACAUCCUCAAGACCCCGAAGGAGGACUUGUGCUCCAAGUUCGGGAUGGACCUGAAGCGAGGGAUGCUGCUGCGGCUUGCCCGACGGGACCCCCAGCUGCACCCGGACGACCCUGAGAGGAGGGCGGCCAUCUACGACAAGUACAAGGAGUUCGUCAUCCCGGAGGCAGAGGCUGAGUGGGUUGGCCUGACGCUGGAGGAAGCUGUGGAGAAGCAGAGGCUUCUGGAAGAGAAGGACCCGGUCCCUCUGUUCAAGGUCUACGUGGAGUCACUGAUCAAGCAGCUUCAGCAGGAGGCACUGUCUGAGCCGGCAGUGGUGGGAAGAGACCAGCGAGAAGUGACCACGUAGUGUGCCGGGCCUGACAGCCAGGCUCAGCCCCAACCCCGUGCCCUGUAGCACCGUGGACACAGACCCUGUGGUGGUGGCGAGGGCCAUUUGUGGGUGAACCUGUGCUUGUGUGUGCCGGCCAUGCAGCUCCUGGAGUAGAGUGGGCUUUGUGAGGCCCUUUGGGGCCUCUUGUCUCAGGAUCCUUAGAGCCCUGGGGCCUCUGUGCUGCCCCGCGGUCCCCCCUCCGUCCUGCAGCGGAGGCCCGGCCGAGGCAGGGUCACACACUUGGGGGGAAGCUUGAGUAAAGUCUGAGCCGGGC